AUGUCAUCAUCUUCGUCAUAUAUAGGUGUUGCAAUCCUUGGGUUAUUACUUGCUGGAUAUAUCACACAAAAAUAUGGGUUGCCACCUCCGAAGCCAAAAAUUGCUGGAAUCGAUUUAGGAACCACAUAUUCGUCAAUUGGGUUAUAUCAUGCCGUUACGGGUGAAACAUUAAUUAUACCUGAUGAAGUUGGAAAAAAAUCUGUUCCGAGUGUUGUCGCAUUUCUACCGAAUGGAACAGUUAUUAUUGGCACAAGAGCUGUUGAACAACAAGAGCAUAAUCCAAAACGAACAAUAUAUGAUGCUAAGCGAUUCAUAGGAAGGACUUAUGAGAAAGACAACAAAGAUUUUUUGGCGGAUAAAAAAAGGUACCCAUUCACAAUUAAACUGGAUGAGCAUGGUUCCGCCUUUUUCGAAAUCCCAUUAGACUCAGAAACCAAAGUUUUGUAUCCAGAAGAUGUCGGUGGUCUUAUCAUCGAAUAUCUCAAGAAAUGUGCUGAAAAGGCCGCUGGAGCAACAUUAGCUGAGGCAGUCAUUUCGGUUCCGGCAGAAUUUGGAGAAAAACAAAGAAAUGCGACAAUCAAAGCUGCAAAACUGGCAGGAAUGAAUAUCCGCCGUGUCAUCUCUGAACCAACCGCUGCUUCAUUGGCUUAUGGUCUUCACAAAAAGAGCGGUGUUGAAAAUGUGGUUGUCGUAGAUUUUGGCGGUGGCACUUUGGAUGUCUCAGUUCUUUGGCUUCAAGGAGGCGUUUUUGUGACACAAUCGAAGGCCGGUAACAAUCGUUUGGGUGGUCAAGAUUUAAACGAUCGCAUUCAAAAAUUCCUUAUCAAAAAGAUUGAAGUCGAGUUUGGAAAACCGAUCGAAGACAAAGAAGACAUUCAGCAGAUUCGAAUGGAAAUUGAACGGGCUAAAAUUGAGUUGACAAGCAUUCCAAGAUCGACAAUCUCGUUGAAUCUAAAAACAGUUGGCAAAUUCCAAUACGUUUUGAAUCGAGAUGAAUUUGAAGAAUUGAAUGCUGAUCUUCUGAAUGCUAUUGAGCUUCCAAUAGCUGCAGCAUUGAAGGAUUCAGGAAAACAACCAAGUGACGUCGAUGAAAUCGUGCUUGUUGGCGGAUCAACGCAAGUUCCAGCCGUCCGAAAACUCGUUGGAAGAUAUUUUGGGAAAUCGCCAAACUACGGAAUUGAUCCAGAAUUGGCUGUUGUUACCGGUGCCGCCGUUCAAGCAGGAGUGAUCGGCGGAGGAUGGCCGCUUCAAGUGGCUGCGAUAGAAUUGCCAACUAAACGAAGGAAACGGCAUUUUUUCACAGAACAGCAGAGGAAAAAUGAACAAGAAAAAGAGGAUUUAUGA